UUGCAAGGUGGUGUUUACAGUUUCUAACGAGGGUUGCUAUUUUUUGGAAUAUAUAUGACAGAAAAAAUGCCCUAACAUCACAGUAAUUAUUUCCUAUAAUAGUGACAAUGUAUUUUGAUAAUUUAACCAUCGUUCGGUGUUCUUUUUAAACUAUUUACUGGCUUGCUCAUCUUUGUCGCUACCCAUAAGGGAAAUAUGAAUGUAUACUAACAUUUAAGUAUCUGCAGAUUGUAGAGAGUCACUACGUGGUUUUAUACAGCUGCAAGUCUUUUUCCUGUGAAUUCUUUUGGUAUUGAGUUAUUCUUCCCAUGAUAAAGAAUGCACAGAAUCCUUAAGGUGGGGACAAAAUAGAAGGUCUUCCAAACCAAUUGAGAUGUUUUUCAGAAGAGCUAUUAACCUCCUACCUAAAGGAAAGGAGUGUGCCUUUCGCUUCCUUUCAUGUCGUGACACAAAUUGUAGAAGUUUCAUGAAAGAUGCCAGGUUUUACAAGGACACCACAAGAACAUUUCACAUGGGAAGCCAGCGGAUGGUGCCCAAGUUACUAUCCUUGGAUGAACUCUUCUCCAGGAGGUCCCUGCAGGACUACCUGAACAAGAUGGACUCAGAAUACAACGAUUGUUUAAAAGCGGUCAACGGCAAUGACGAGCAGUGCAAUGUGGACGAGCUGAGGGCCAAGAGGACCAAAGUGUCCCUUCUAGCUCCCCUCAUCCAGGCCAUCAGGGAGCUAGACGUCAAACAGAAGGAGAUGGCCGAGACCGAGACGCUUCUUAAGGAUGAAGAUCAAGCUCUGCAAGAACUGGCUGAACAGGAGAGGGAAAGCUGUUUGCAAGACAUGCAGGACCUGAGACAAAAGAUUUUAGAUCUUCUGAUCCCGGAGGAGGCGGCUGAUCUGAGCGACCUCGUGCUGGAAGUCACGGCUGGUGUGGGCGGACAGGAGGCCAUGCUGUUUACUGCUGAGGUUUUUAACAUGUACGAGGGCUUCUCUCAGCACAAUGGUUGGUCCUUUGACGUCCUGGAGCACAUGACCAGUGACCUCGGAGGACUGCGCCAUGCCUCGGUCAGCAUCAGCGGCCCUCAGAGCUACAAGAGAAUGAAGUUUGAAGGCGGGGUUCACCGCGUCCAGCGGGUCCCAAAGACAGAAAAACAGGGCCGGAUGCACACCAGCACCAUGACUGUGGCUGUGCUGCCCCAACCCACUGAGAUCUCUUUAACGAUAAACCCGAAGGACCUCAGAAUCGAAACUAAGCGGGCGAGUGGCGCUGGAGGUCAACACGUCAACACCACAGACAGCGCUGUCAGAAUAGUUCAUCUUCCCACUGGCGUGGUCGCUGAGUGCCAGCAGGAGCGAUCUCAGCUGAAGAACAAGGAGAAGGCCAUGAAGGCUCUGAGAGCCAAACUCUUCAGCAUGAAGCUGGAGGAGGAGACCAGCAAACGCUACAAUCAACGUAAAGUGCAGAUUGGCACCAAAGGCAGAUCAGAGAAGAUCCGCACCUACAACUUUGCUCAAGAUCGUAUAACAGACCACCGCAUCAGCAUGACACUUCACGACGUCGAGAGUUUCUUGCUGGGAGAGGAUCUGCUGGACGAGAUGAACUCCUCCCUGCAGGAGUUCUCCAACCAGGAGGUGCUCAUGGAAGUGCUGGGAGAAAACGACAAGGAAGGAUAAUGAGUGUGGACCAAAUACAAAUGCAUGUUAAAUAAAUGCUUAUAUAUCCCAUUUAAAGGUUCCAUAUUAUAGUAUUUUUUUACCAGUUUUAAUACCACUCUUGGUAUUGGUAGUAUCGCAAUUUGAAUUGAUCAGCCCACCUCACUGUGUAGCAUCAGUAUCAGAUUGACACUAGUGUGACAAGAUAAAUAUUUUUCAGUUCUCUUCCAGAAAUAUUUGUGUUGGAUUUAUACAGGUGCAUCUCAGUAAAUGAGAAUCAUGCAAAAGUUAUUGAUUUCAGGAGUUUUGUCUGCUGUUUUAUU